UAUAGUAUAGUGUAGCAAUGGAUGUGACCUUCAGUCAUAGAAAUGAAAAUAAUUUCACGAAACGUGUGACUUGAAUAAUUCAAUGACAACUAUUGUAAUAAGGCAGUGAGAGUCUCUUUCUCGCAGCAUAUUUUCUUUCAAGAAAAUUCUGAAUUAACUGAACCGCAAGAAGAAGAAGAGGAAGAAAAAAUUGUUCAAGCCUGGGAGGAGUAAUCCACGAAUGAUUGCCGCUCUACUACGGCCAAUUGAAAAAUCGCUCGGCUGCCGCACUAAUGGGUUAUGUGCGAGACAUUUUACCCGGAGGCCAAAACCGUUAUCUUCGGAGGUCUUAACGAGCUACUUGUUGCAAACAAAAGAGCCACCAUGGACGUCAUAUUUCGUGAAAUAUGCGGAUAUAACGAACGAUCAAAGGGGAAUGUCUCAUUUCAACUGGCCAGCGGGCAAGAGCAACUAUCAUAUUUUAAGAACGGGCUGUUUUCCCUACAUCAAGUAUCACUGCACCAAAAGAUCCAAACAGGACCUCACACUCGAAGACAAAUUUUUCAAGGCGAUCAAGAUACUUAACCUUGGUAUAUUCAUAUAUGUAUUCCAACACUCCUGUACGGAUUAGCCGCGACCCAACUGAUUCGUCACAAGGAGUUGGUGAGAACAAACAAAGGAGAAGUGACAAUCUACUUCUUGCUACCCGAAGAUAAAGGUUCUCAAUAUUAAAAUUUAAAAAAAAAAGCGAAACAAAAAUAAAAUUAUACUCGCGAAAUGAUCGACAAAACACAUACAUAAUGUAGAAUAAAUAUAAAAUGUCAAUAAUUUAAA